GCACUGCAGCCAGUGCAGGAUAGUAUGUCAGCAAAUCUACUCAGUUCGUGCCCCAGGCCACUGAGCAGGGCAUUUUUUUGUUUUCCUGUUGUACUGUACCUAGGCUACAUGUAGGUAGCUGAGCGGGCCGCGGGCUACAGCUGCACCAGAUUUUCCGAAAACAGGCUGCAAUAUCUCAUCAGCCAUAGAGAUCGUGGUUUUGUGUAUGUCGUAUGUUAGCAAGUUCUUUCUUGCUCUGGAAAGAUGUCUAUGGCUAGGAAAGGAAAAGGCAAGAAGGGAGGUGUUGCCACUGUGCCAUUCGCACGAGGUUUCAAACCACCUGCGGCAGCAGCCAUCAAACGUGCACUUGGAAAGCUGGACGUGCCCAAUGCAGCGUAUGAGGAUGAUGACCGGGCGCCUUUCUUUCACCCUGUGCCGAAGCCAACCUGUGAGGAUGACUGGCUGGCUCAGUACAAUGAAACUGGACAAACGUUUGAUGAGUUUAUUGAACAAUGCCCCUGGCUCUCUAGUCGACGCCUCAAAUACAUGAAGCAAACCUUCAAUAAAUCAGGCAGCAAUCUGGUGGAAAAGUACCCUGAUGGCAAGAUCUACCUACUCCCGUUGGGUUCAUUUGGCGAUGAAAUGCCUAGCGAACAAUUUGAUAAGCUUGCUGAGUACACACGUGCAUUCUUUGGCUCAGUGCCGGUUGUGCAGCUACCUGAAGUUGGGCUGGAUAUGAAUAAAAGUACAGUGUACUGGAAUGGUGAAGUCAGAACUGAAGCAGAGAGUGACAGUGAUAGGCAUGGAGUCCCGGCUUCUUCUGGGGCCGGGGCAUCACCACCUGCAAAGCGACGCAAGGCAUCCCGUGACGGCGGGGCUACAAAGGUGCGACGCCAUCCGUUAUCGGCGCGUUUUCAUCGGACGGACGAUGGCACCAGUCGCGUUCAGCUUCGUGUGGACGGUGUGUUGGAGCAACUUCGUCACAACAUACCUGAUGAUGCGCUGUGCCUGGUAGCACUGACAAUGGCAGAUCUGUUCGACACCAAGCCUGACCUGUUUGUUGCUGGCAUGGCAGCUGGGGCACGGCGUGUUGCUGUCUUUAGCUUCUUUCGGUACCACCCGGAAAUCCGCUUCUCAUCAGAGUUUUGGUACGAUGUGUGGCGCGAGGAUUCCGGCAGUGCGGCAGUGUUACAAGAAACACUUCUACUGCGCAGCUGCCGUCUACUGGUGCAUGAAGUAUGUCAUCUGCUCGGAGUCGAUCACUGCAUAUUCCAUGCCUGCUGUAUGAAUGGAUCUGGCCACCUCCAGGAGGACUUCAGUCAGCCCAUGCAACUAUGCCGUGUGGAUCUUCGCAAGCUGCAAGUUCUGUGCGGAUUUGACGUGUUGGAUCGCUAUAGAAAGCUGGCCGAUUUCUUUCAGCGCAACAACCUGAGCAGUGAGUAUAACUGGUACCAGCGACGAAUCAAAUUCAUAGAAGAUCACGGAGACACGUAGUGGCACACCCGUUAGUACCGAUCGUAACUUUGCAUGGCCAGGGAACUCCUCAUUCGCUCUUGGAGAUAGCACUGAGAAGUAUGUGAGUUCUAAAACCGUUGUCUGCUGGCCAGGGCUUUGGGGAUAGACCGCUACCUGCAGUCAUUGGACUCGGGAUGAGGCUGGGUCCAGGUUAGUUGAUUACGCGUAGUUAACAGUGGCUACAGUGACACUACAGUAUAUCAUACCUUGCUCAACGGACUAACAGUUACUACAGCCCUGUGCUGUGAUAUUAGAUCAUCAAAGAGUUUUACCAGGACAUAGUGUUGGAUCUUACUUCAAAGGAGUCUUCCCAAUUCUAUGUUUGAAAACUGUGUUUGGACCCCUCUAUGCCCAAUACAUGAAUUUAUUUUCUUCUACAGUCCAUUUCAAAACUAUAGACGCGUACCUAGGCAAAAACCGUUAUGCCAGCAUCUAUACCACAUAAAAUCUGUGAUCACUUUGUGCAUAAAUUUUUCCAAAUUGGGCGUCUGUUAUCCAAUCCUUUAGAAACUAUAUGAGAGUAAUUGUGGAGCGAUCUUGAGCAAUAUUCCGAAAACUAUUCUCAAAAAGUUCCAGCCAAAUUUGAAAUAUUUCAAAAACCCUACGCGUCUAUAGUUUUGAAAUGCACUGUAGUUCUUAGCAAUGAUUUUUAGGAUUUUGGGUCUGACUUACCACUACUUCCCGUACUUUUCUGCUUUCUACAGAUUUUAGCCAUAUCCUUUUAGAUCAUAUCUCUUUUGAAUUUUAUAUCAGUUGUACGUUUUAUGUCGGGCUGGACCCACUACUCUGAGAGCCUUCUGUGUCAUCGUUUUUCUUUGUAUUAUCACAGCUGUAUAUGAACUGUAA